AUGGUAGCCAAUUUGAGUAGCAGUACAAAGGGUAAGAGGAAGGUCAGGAAUUUGGAGUGUUCGGUGAAUGGUCUGAAUUCUGAUAGGGAUAGAAGGCUUCUUUGGGAUGAGUUGGCAGGUGUCCUAAGUUUGUGGAACUUGCCGUGGUGCAUAGGGAUAGAUUUCAAUGUACCUCGGUUCCCUAGUGAAAGGUUAGGCACUGCUAACCUGGAUUCUGCUAUGAUGGAGUUCUCAAAGCUUAUUUCUGAAGAAGGGUUGAUGGACCUUCCUCUUGCUGGGGGGAUUAUGCAAAAGAGGCUUCCACGACUUUGUUCGGAUCACUUCCCAAUUCUUCUUGAUAUGAGGGAUGUGUCCAGGGGGAGAAGGCCAUUCAAGUUUGAAAACAUGCGGCUUAAAGCGGAGGGGUUUGUGGCUCGUGUGAAACAGUGGUGGGAUUCCUAUGUUUUCCAAGGCAUACCGAGUUUGGUUCUUGCUCGCAAGCUCAAGGCUUUGAAGCUGGAUUUAAAGAGGUGGAAUGAGGAGGUGUUUGGCAAUAUAGAAAGGAAUAAGAGAAUUCUCCUUGAAGAUCUUCAGGCGUUUGACAUGCAUGAAGAAAGUAGGGCUUGA